ACAUAAGGUUAAGGUGCCAUCGUGGGUUUUGGGUCGGGUUCGGUUUGAGCUACGGCCGCCCCAUUUGAAGUUUGCGGGAUCUCUGAAAUCAUGAUCUCGACGGCAAUGCCUCCAUGGGAUCACUGAUCAGUAAGGAAGAGAAACAGGUCCCAUUCUAGAGAGAGAGAGAGAGAGAGAGAGAGGGAGACAGAGAAGCGAAGAGGAAAAAGAAAAAGAAAUGCAUUGCUGGAUUCAAGCUUCGUCUUCUGAUUUCAGCGGAACACUUCCCAAGCCUCGAAGCGGCCACACCACUGUGAAUAUUGGGAAGUCUAAAGUCGUCGUUUUCGGUGGCCUUGUCGACAAGAAGUUCCUCAACGACAUCGCUGUUUACGAUAUCGAAAACAAAUUAUGGUUUCAACCAGAGUGCACUGGCAGUGAGGCAGAUGGGGAGGUGGGACCCAGCCCACGAGCAUUUCACAUUGCUGUUGCAAUUGAUUGCCACAUGUUUAUUUUUGGUGGGAGGUCUGGUAGUAAAAGGUUGGGUGAUUUUUGGGUCCUGGAUACUGAUAUAUGGCAAUGGUCUGAACUUACCAGUUUUGGUGACUUGCCUUCACCACGAGAUUUUGCUGCUGCUUCUUCUGUUGGAAACCGCAAGAUUGUGAUGUAUGGAGGCUGGGAUGGUAAAAAAUGGUUGUCAGAUAUCUAUGUCUUGGACACAAUAUCACUUGAGUGGACGGAGCUAUCAGUUUCUGGAACCUUUCCGCCACCUAGAUGUGGGCACACUGCUACUAUGGUUGAGAAGCGGUUACUGGUUUAUGGUGGCAGAGGAGGUGGAGGGCCCAUCAUGGGCGAUUUAUGGGCUUUAAAGGGUCUGGUUGAAGGAGAAAAUGAAACUCCUGGAUGGACCCAACUGAAGCUUCCUGGUCAAGCUCCUUCACCUCGCUGCGGUCAUACUGUCACAUCUGGAGGACACUAUCUUUUGUUAUUUGGAGGGCAUGGGACUGGUGGUUGGUUGAGUCGUUAUGACAUUUAUCACAAUGACUGCAUUGUCUUAGACAGAGUUUCUGUGCAGUGGAAGCGUCUUCCUACAAGCAAUGAACCCCCUGCUGCACGAGCUUACCAUUCCAUGACGUGUAUUGGUUCACGUUAUUUGUUAUUUGGUGGCUUUGAUGGAAAAACAACAUUUGGUGAUUUAUGGUGGCUGGUUGCUGAAGAGGACCCUAUUGCAAAAAGAUUAUCAGCAUUGCCACCAAGAAUUCCUGAAAAUAAGGAUGUUUCCCCAGAAAUUGAUGCCUUGCAACCUGCAGUUAAGGAAAGCAAAAAGAUAGUGUCUCCAGUCUCAGAACUACAGAAAAGGUUGAAGAUUUGUGUCUCACUUCCUGGCUCCAAGCUUCAAAUCAUAGAAGAAGCAGAAGACAAGGAAUUUCUGGAACUGGCAUCACAAUUGGUUGCAGAUAAAUUUGCCUCCAAGGGACAUAUUUCACACAAUCAGGCAAUUGAGGCUGUUCGUGACCAUUGGAGAAAAUCCACACCGCAGUUAAUACAACUAAAGGAGUUGGGCCCCUUGCUUCGUGACUAUCAACGCUUGAUUGCACGUCAUCAUAUAAUGAAGGUUGAAUCUGAUAUGCAGUCUGUACUAUCUGAUUUUCUUGGAAAGGAGAGACAUAAUUUCUACCACAUAAAAAAUGUUUCCCAGUUGCGUAUGGAUGAUAUCCCGAAACUGUUGGCGGAGUACAAACGGCUUCCAUCUGAUUGAAUAACAACCUAGAGAUCUUCUGUACGGACGUUAUCAUUAAACUCUCUCUUAUAGAAAGUAAAUAGAAAUUUGGCAUAGCAUCCUGUGAGUUUUCUCCUGAACUAGUUGUCGUUGAUUUUCUCUUUUCUCUGGUGUUGAUUUAAAUUGUGUGGUCUUGUUGUCAACUCAGAUCAGGAAGCAAGUAUAGGUUGUAAUCUCAUCCAUAAUGGAAUGAAAGGGAAACAGCUUGUUGUAUAACCUUUAUGAAAUAAAAAUUGCUUGUUAGCUGUCAA